UUUCGUUCGUUCCGCUUUGACAUGGCCGCUGUGUUUUUAGUAAUGCUGUACGAAUAUUCUCCUCUUUUUUAUAUCAGUGUCGUGUCUUUAUGUUUUAUCAUUACGGCUGCUAUGGUGCUGGGUUGGUUCGGUUUCGACGUGCCUGUGAUUCUGCGGAGCUCUGACGACGCGGACUCCUCAUGGAAUAUUCCGGAGAAGAGGAUGGUGCAGAAGACCAAUCCAUUUUCCCUCCAGAUAGGCAUAACCCCUUCCUCUGUUGCAGAGGGGAUGGCUCUGCGUCCUGGCUGUUUGGAGAGGUGUGUUCUUAGCUGCUACUGGGGAUGCAGUGUGCAGGCUUUGCAGGCAGCCCUCCACACCCACCAGCAUGGCCUGAUCCUCAGCACCCCUCAGGUCUUCCAGGAGGCCCUGCACUCCCAAUACCAGCACUGUCAGACUUUCCACGUUGCGAAAGGGGACUUGGAGGAAUGUAUCAGUCAAAUGCCAGCAGAUUUGGGGGCCGUGGAUUUCGGAUUGAUGCCUCGUUCAUGCUAUCCGCUGGUGGCCCUGCUGACCCUGGCAGAUGAAGAAGCCAGAGAUGUCUAUGACAUCGUGGCAAACGUGACUGUUGUCCAUGUUCCAGACGACAAGUACAGAAUGUCUGCCCGGAUCCUGUUCCAGUACCUUCUCACUGCACAAGGAAAUAUGUUUGAGCUAAAGCCGCUUUUCAUGUCUGCAGAAGAGGGUGGGCAGGUCGAUCUCUCAGGCCCCACCCCUGCCAUGGAGGAGGAGGAGGAGCCUGGCGCUGAGGGGAUGGAGCCAACGGCAGAGUCUGAGGCGGAGGGGGAGGGGACCCCGGGGGUGGGCAGAGACUGUGUGGUGUGCCAGAAUGCCCCGGUGAACCGCGUCCUCCUGCCCUGCAGGCACACCUGCCUGUGCGAAGGCUGUGUGGCCCGGUUCCAGCACUGCCCCAUGUGCCGGGCCUUCGUCCUCGAGUCCUUUGCCCUGUCUCAGCAGCUCCCUGCUGGCGAGGAAGAGGAGGACGAAUAAAGGCCGCUGUCUGGAUACGGCUGUGUAGCCUCUCAGACUACAAGCAGGGGGUCCGGUCCCUCAGACUGGAACACGGACACAGUUUAUGCCCAGUGUGAGGUUAGCUCACAAAGGCUAUGCAGGGCUAGAAAUAACACUCCUAAUGUAUGGGUGUUUAAGCCCGUACAGGUCUUACCAUAAGCAGUUCAGCACGAAGAUAGUGGAGUAUAUGACUAGGCUGAAAUGUUGGCUUACAAGUCGUAGUCAGAUUUUAGUCUGUUGGAGGUCUUGGACAUGCUCUGACAUCAACCAAUUUUAAAUAUAUUUUAAAUCUUUGCAUUCAUAUUCAAAGUCAUACGGGUGCAACCAGUCUACUUGUUGGUUAUGCCAGAAUGCGUGACAGCUGGAGUGAAUUAAGUAAGUUAUUCAAUCCGGCAUAGUAACAUCACAAACAAAUGUCAAACCCUCUUUUUGCAUUAGGACAGUUGCUUUCAACCCAGUGCAGAAGGAAUAAGUUGAUUUCUGGCUGUCCUGACAUCCACAGGCAUGUGUGAAAAGUGUGUGAAGUUUGAAGUGGGGAUUGAGACCGCUUUCUCUACUGAACAUCAUUCACAAAAUGCCCACAAAUCCCAGUGUCGCACGUAUGUGUAUGAACUUAAUCCGACGCAGACAGGAAGUCAGUCACGCACAUUUAGAAAUGCGGUUUCUUGCAGGUACGAAUGCUGUCUGAUGCAGACUUAAACUCCGUCACACACACAGUUGUUGACAUAAACCCGGUUUUGCACAUGUAUAAAUUCUGUCUCUCACAGUUCUUGUAUAUACUUUGUAGUAUAUUUUGUGAAUAGUUUUAACAGCUUUGGAUGGGAAACUACCCAUGAGUCUGUGAAAUAUGUGUGGAUAUGUAUAUAUCAAUAUUUAGGUGACAGAGCAAUACUUAAUUUAUUUGCUUUCUACGUGCUGGUGAAAUAUUUGAAAUCAAAUAUACAAUCCAACAAUCAA